ACAGGAACCCUGGGAGCAGAGGCACAGAUAUUCAAGCUGUUGAUCAUGUUGUUAUCAGCACCUGCCUUCAUUUUUGGUGGUGUGCAUGAGGAGUGUAGCCUGCUUGAAAAAUGUUACAACCCAAGCUGUUGCUCUGAGUGGGGCUUUUGGGGACCCUCUAUCCUUGCAUGCUGUGGGUGACUCCACUCUUAGCCCUCAGACUUGUGUUGUCAAACUCAGUACAAGCAAAUCAGCCAGCUCCCAAGCCAUCUUGACUUUGUUCACAGGUAUGCUACGCAGUUCUCCUGUGACCUCUUCUCAGCAGAGCUGGUGCACAGUACUGAGCAAGCCAAGACUGAAGGAAAGGAGAACCACUCCAUGCAUUCUUGGUGUAGAUCCCAGAACCUCCCUGCCCAUGCAGAGCUGCUUCAGGUCACCAUAAACAUCGCACAAAAACAUCAGCACAGGCCAUCCUGCGAGUUUAAAUUAUAACCUAGAAAUGCUGGCUGAGCAGUCAACCAAGUUGAAUGUGGCCACAGCUGCUGCACAGACCCCUUCAGCCAGGAGGAGGAGGAAGGAGGAAGCGCAACAGGUGCUUGCAGGUGAGGAGAAACCUCCUGCCCUGUCUCCCAUGGGCAGGGGUUGCCCUGCAGGGUAUGGACAGCUCUCUUGAGCUAUUCCUCUGUCCCUCUGCCCAGCAGCACGGUGACUCUGAUGUGCUGGCAGCAGCCACAGUACACAACAGCACGGUUGGGCAUGACCGGGGGAGAUGCUCGUGAAGCUGCCACCCUGCUGCCUGGUACAGACCUCACCAAACCAUGGGGUGUUACAUACAGGGUGACUUUUCAUUGUUAUCAUCACAAUAAUGUAAUACUUACCUCUUAGUCUCCACAAACCUCACUUUAUGCGGCAUGCAUAUUAUGACCAUAUCCUUUGCUGGACUGCCUCUUCUUUUACAUGUUCUGCAGCUGGCAGUAACUCAUGAGCGAUCUUAUGGUGCCAAACCCUGCCUAUCUCACUAGCUUUCCAACUGCAGACCCAGACAACACAACUUGUAAGCAGCCCUACAAAAACAAACCAUAUGCCUCUUUUUGUCCUCCUAGACCUCACCUUUCACAGCAGCCAAGUAACAUCAAAGAGAAACAGAAGCCAUAAGCAACACCACAGUAACAACCCAGAACUACAGAAAAAGUGGAGGGAAAAUAGGGAAUGAAAGAGGUGACAGAGAGUAAAAUCUGCAGCAAGGAAGAUAAAUGACAUUGAUUCUUCAAAGGACCAGAUGUGGGGUGGUACAGGGGUGAACCAGCAUUGAGUACCUCUGGGUAGUCCAUGUUCCCCGAUGGUGCAUGAAGCAUCUUUCCCUUGGAUGUGUUUCUACCAGGAUCCCAUUAGGCUUGUGCCCCACAGACCCAUUGGAACAAGCUGGCAAUUAGUGGAAAGUCUGAGGAUGAAGUCCACAAAGACCUAAUUCAGUCUCCCUGCCUUUUACACCCUUUUUCUUCAUCAGAAGUGGUCACUGGAGGGGUGAAGCGGGUUGCAUGGAUGGUGCAAACUGGGGGAUGUUGGUCCCCACAGGGCCGGCCUGUGCACAAACAGAGCACAACACUGUCUGCAACUGCAGAUUGGGCAAUUUUCACCUGUGCAAGUUUUGCUCCAAGUUAAGAAAAAUAAUUUAAAAAAAAAAAAGAGGAGGGGAAGAAGAAGAAGAAGAAAAGGAAAACACAGUCCAAACUCUGCUUUGGCCAAACCUAGCCCUUUUAAGGAAAGAAAAUUUCCCAGAGCCACACUUGACAAACCUGGAGGCCUGAUCCUGCUCUCAGGAAUGUCAAUGCAAAUCCAGAGCAGCUCUGCUGGCUGCUGGGGGGGCGUUUAUAGAAGCCAAGAGAGGCUUGAGCUUUGCAGAAAAGCUCCUGGUCUCCCCCCUGAGAUGGCACAGAGCUCAAGCCAGAAGAGCUAGUGAGCAAGCUCCAGAUUCAAAGGCAAUAGUGGCAGAAAGAUCCACCUCCCAGUUUCAAGAAUUUGUCCUUUUUGCUGAGCCAUGUUCUGGAAGCCUCAGCCCUAUUUUUCUGCAAGCCAUGUGGAACAAAACAGCUGCGUCCCUUGGCUGGAUGGCUCUUACAGAGGUGCCAGAUGUUUUGCUUAGGACACAUCAGAAGUGUCCUUCCUGAGUUCAGACUUUCUCUGCUCUAAGGCUGCCCACUGCAGUCACUGGAGUCACAUCAUCGGCUUCGGCAAUUUUCUUUCUUUCUUUUUUUUUUUUUUUUUUUGGUAGCAGCCCUCUGCCAGCAACUCCACCUGAAGCAAUAGAGAUUGUGGGCAAAGAGCAGAGAAGGAAAGAAAGGUUUGCUUCUACCCCAGCCCCUAUUUAUGUAAAUAAUAUGCAAGGAGAAAGCUGUACUGAUGAGCAAAAAAGUGUUCCUGUCUCAUUAGCGUUAAAGGUCUGGAUGUAAACUGUUGUGUAAGUGAGCUCCACUGCAGUUGGCAUCCUGAAACAUUUUGGGGCCAGGUCCCAAGAAUGACUGACUGCCCUGAGCUUCUGCUAAUGGCAAUGUGGGCGUUUCAACUCCCAAACCAACUGCUGUGCAUCAUGAGAGCCACGGACACAUAAGAAGUGGCCUCACAAAUGAGAUCUGCAGGCAAGGGCCCCAACACUGGUCUGCAACUUGCAGAGGCAUUGUGGGGCUGCACUCACCCCAGAAGGUCUUCAGUAACUGCUUUCAAAAUCCCUGUCAGCAUCUUCCUACAUCUGCUCUGGCCCAUUGCAUGCUUUGCCUUAGAGCCACACUAUGGCUGUGCCAAAUGGCAAGUGAAUGGGAAGUUUCAGAACUGCACCCAAGCAUCCCAACGUCCAAACCCCAGUGCACAGGGCCACAAAGAUUGCUGCUAGGCCCACAAGACACCCAACACCCGGAGAAGCAUCUCUAGGAGGUGAGUGGUAACUGAGACAAUCUUGGGGAUGUCCCCUCGAGCAUGGCUGAAACAGCAGCUCAUGGAGGCAAAGCUGAGUUCAAAGGCUUUGCUGUAGAGCUGCGUGUCACUUGCUGAAAGAGAGGGUUUUUUUUGUUGUUGUUGUUUUUUUUUGGACAAGGGAGGAGAAGGAGGAAACCAGGAGCAAGGAAGGAGGAGGAAAAAUUUGGUGAAAGAGGAGGGAUGGUUUCCACGGCUCCCAAGCACCUGUGUAGUGUGUAGCAGCUGUGGAGGAGGCAGGGGAACUCUGACCUGCAAACAAGCUGCUUUUGUUGCAUCCCAAAUAGGCCUAAAUUAAGUUUGACAGAAAGAGGGCAGAUUCACACUCACUAUACACAAGCCCCCAAGCUCAGGCAGACCUGGAGAGCUUUGCUGCAGCAGUGCAGAACCUUUCUGGGCAACCAAGGAGAGGUAUGAAGCCCCGUGAGGGUGCAUGUGGUCAAGCAAAUUGCCCUCUCCAACCACCCCGUGCCUUUGCCAAGCAGCUCCUUCCCAAGGGUGCCCAGCUGAAGCCAUCUCCAAAGCCUGAAGGCCACCAUCACUGCAUGACAAACAGCCUCCCUGCAGAGAACACUGGAGCACUACUUCAUCCAUCUUUACCCACUGGAGCCACUGGAGCCUCACACCCCACUCCUGGGUUUGCCCUGGCCGUGUGCCCAGACCAGCGCACUGUGCCAGCGGAAAAAAAAAACGAGCUGGCUGCUAAACGGUUAACACUGACAAAACCAGAUUGCAGGGGUUCCCUCAUUCCCAGAUCACUCCUGGUUUAAUUCACCACCCACAAGAAAAAAAUAAAAAAAUCUUCUCCUCCACCCCAGCCUGGGCACCCACCCGGCUCUUUCUUCCUGUGCCAAUCGCCUGCCUGGUGUGGCCAGCACAAAACACCCAUGCCUGCUGGGGCUCAGUGCACAGGCUCCUACCACGUUUGCUGCGGCUGCCAUGUUGAAUUGCAAAUCCGACAUGAUUCAACAUAUUUUUUCCCCCCCUCGGUGGUUUGGAAGCACAAAGCAUUCGCGUGACACACACCCAGCUCUGAGUGGCUCUUGGGGAUGCCAGUGUCCCAGGCAGUAGGGUUAGGGUGGCAGGAAAAAACACCUCGAGUCCUGCUCCAAGCACUGCCCAUAGGUGGAUGCAUGUCUGCUAUACAUCCCUCUUUCUAGAUCGAUUUAAUAGUCAGAUGUUUUAGCACCAAGGGCUGGGGGACUCAAAGGAAAGGGGUUUCGGGGAGAAGACAGGUUAACAGCAACAACAAAACGACUGAGUGGCUGGAGGAAUUAAAUAUUAUUUCAAAUCAAAGGCAAAAGAACCCCAACCAACCAACCAACCCACCAACCAAAAAAAAAACAAAAGCAAAGCAAACCAAACCAAAAACAAAUCAAAAGUGAGGUUCGAUUUCGUACCAAGGCAGCAAGAGAGACGCACCGUGGAAGAGAGUGGUUUUGUUGUGGAGUGGCUGCUGGAUUUAGCUCUGCUUAUCCGGACAAUCAUCGGGGAAGGAUCCUUUUCCGAGAAAGGCCAGUUUGAGUGAGACAGCUUUUUUUUUUUUUUUUUUUCUCUUCUCUUGCUUGCUCUCUCCCCUUUCCUUCUCCUCUCAGCUCAAUGCCAAGAAAUGGGCGGUGCCUGGAUGCCAGGCUCCAUCCGAACAAGACACCAAAGGCCAGGCUGGCACAAAGGCAAACUGGCAUGAAUUCCUGCACUUGGCGCCACACACCCACUUGCCUGCCACUCCGAAAAAUUGCUGACGACACUGCCCACCCUGAAAAGUUGCCCUGUUUGGUUUCAAAAUGCCCCAAGGGGCACAAGGACGAAAAAAAAGCUAAGACCUUCCUUCAUGUCGAUGCAGGUUAAACAAAAGGCCUGGGGAUGUGGAUAUAAUUCCUAGCUCCCCUCCCCCCCGCCAACCCAAUCCUCCUGCCUCAUGCUCUCCGUCGCCAGCUCCCUUACCCGCCGACCCACAUCCACACAGCUUAAGCCCUGGGCGCCCUUCUGCCCAGGUUUGGCAUGAUGGGAGGCAAUGGGUGCUUGAACAGGGACUUGAACACCCAACGUGAGAGAGACCCAGUGCAGGAGAAAAAAAUAAAAUAGCAAAAAAAAGAAAAUAGAUAACAACCCACCCACUACAGAGGAAGCCUGGGAGCAGUUGCCUUCAGGGGGGCAGACUGUGGGUAGUUUGGGUUGCAGGGGAUAUUUUGUGCCUUUUUUUGCUGCUGUGAGCACAUGGGUUGUGCUGAUUACAAAAAGGGAGUCACAGUGGGUCGGGUAAGGCAGUGGGGAGGUGGGACAGACAGGUUGGUAGCACUACUGGGGAGAUGCCAAAAACACAAAACAAAACACGUUUUCAUUUUGCCUGCAUCAGCCUGGCGGUAGAGGGGCAAGCGGCAGAUGCACACUGCUGAGCAGCCACUGUGCUCCCCAGUGGGCCUGCAGCCCCAGCCCUCUGCGGCUGCCUCGGCUGCGUCCCCGCGCCCUCCUGGCUGGGCACGCCUGCCAAGUCCGUCUUGGCACGGCUCCCCCGGCUGCUCCGAACAAAGCCGUCACCCAUCCCUGAGCAGGCGCUGACAGUAAGCAAAGUGACAGGCACAUCUUCUGCAUGUUAAUCCAAACGGCAAGAAGGCAAGUGAGCAGCGCCAGCCCCCCCACACAACCACCCCCGGCCUGUACACCCCACCCUUGGCACCCAUCGGCCUUGCACAGGGCUGGUGAGGCCCCCGGGUGUGCCAAAGCCUCCCUUCGGCAUGUUUAAAUCAAAACAAACGGCUGAGCCACCCCAGUCGGCGGGCAAACAAGGCCACUCAGCUUCCGCGGUACCUGUUCCCGCUGUCUUCAUCUUGCCUUGGACGUGUGACAAGAGCCAACUCGCCUCUGGUGGGCUCUCCGAGCUGCGGGUCUGUAACCCUUUGCAGGAAGUUGGCACCGAUCCCAGCAGCCUGGACCCAACAUGAGGGGAAGGGGGGGAAGAAAUCAAAUGGGAAGAGAAUAGCUUCACAUCGGCAGGACAAUGCAUGGGAAACGGGGAGAUUAGCGUAGCUCUCAAAAUCCAUCUUGCCCGCCCUGUUUCUGAACCAUUCGCCCCUGCGCCUCAUCUUUUUAAUACUCUCAGCUCCUGAAUUAUUCCAGUCCAUGAACGGGAGGGAGCACACAGUCCAGAGUCCCUCAGAGCUGCCAAGAGCAUUGCAACAGAAAAGAAAGAAAGCGCGAGGGGGAGAGCGAGGCAGAAUCCUCACAAUUGAGCAGCGAGAAGAGCAAAGAGAAAUUAACAUCCAAUUACUGCCAUGUUUAACAAGGGAGACAGAGGCAGCUGUUGUUUUAUUGCCCUUUUCUUUUCAAGCACAUCUGACAGGCAGCAGGAAAGGCACCCCUGCUCGAAGUGACGUCAUCAUAUAUAUGUAUUUUUCCUUUUCCCCUGUCUUUCCUCUUCCAAGUUUCAGGGCAAGGUCUUUGCAACUUGGCCAGGGCAAUUUGGGACUUUCUCACACUGGAGCUGCUGGCUCCCCCCUCUACCUCUGGCCUCCUUUCCCCCUCCCCAGCACCGGCUCUGGAAAACAAACACACCAACCGAGCCCAAAGUCUUUGUUCUUCCAAAAAAAGAAAAAAAAAAAAAACACAAAACAUUCAGAUAAACCCAGAGGGAGCCCAGAGGAGGUUUCUCGGCAUGCACGGCUGAGCGUCUGUGUAUGUCCGUCUCUCUCGCGUUCCUCUUCCGAGACAGCUCGCUUGGCUUGUAAAACUUUGCGGCAUGUGACGCUGCUCCCAGCCUCCUUUGGCAGCGUGACAAGAACCACGCUGCUGGAUCGGAGAGCGCAGGCGGCUUUUAAGGAAGAAACUCAAUUCACCAAGAUUAGAGAAUUAGGAUGUUUUAAUCAAGGGACUACAAGGGGCUGCCAGUGGGUGGCUGGGAGGGACAGCCCCCGUGCAAGCGGCUGCAUGGACGGCGGUGCCAUCACCCCACUGUGGGGCCAUACUGGGGGGAGAGGAGCUGAAUCAAAACCAGGAAAGACUUUAACAAUCUCAGCUCACCAGGUGCCCCUCCUCCCCCUGGGGCGGGGGGGCCACGGCACCAUGUAA